CUUGGAAAAAAAUACGCCGACUUCACAAUUGAGAUCCAGCAUUACGUUUUACGCCAUCUGCAAAAACUUAAAGAUGUAUUUAAUCGAUAUUUCCCAGAAUGCGAAGGUAUACAAUUGAUAGCAGAUAUGUAUCCGAAGUAUGAUUCAAAACUCAUUCGUUGUUUAAGUGGAUGAGUUACCUGGUGACAUCCAAGAAAAUAUCAUUGAGUUACAAAACGAUCGGAACUGUAAGGUUACAUUUGAAUCUGGUGUGAAUGUGGAUGAGCUUUGGUUUAAAAGAGCGAUUGUGUAUCCUAAUCUUAGAGAAAUCGAAUUGCGAUAUUUACUUAUGUUCUCGAUAAUUUUACUUAUAUUUGCGAACAAGGACUGCUUUACCCAAAUCAAAAACAAACAAAGAACUCGAUUAAACGACUCUAAGGACAUGCUUGUAGCCUUGGGCAGGACUACCGACAAUCGGACAAUAAUGUCUUAA